AUGAAGGAAAAAUUGUUGAUAUUAAUUAACCAUUUAUUUUUUUAUCCCCACCUUAUUUACAUUAUAAUCUCGUUCAUCUUAAUUCUUUGUUUCUUCUUCUUUUCCUUCUCCUCUUCCUUCUUCUUUUUCUUUUUCUUUUCCUUCUCCUCUUCCUUCUUCUUUUUCUUCUUCUUUUCCUUCUUCUUUUGCUUCUUUAUUUCAACCUGUUUAAUCCUUUCCAUUUCAUCUUCUUCAUUUUUUUCUUUUUUUCUAUCGCGGGUUCUUUCUUUACAUGAAAUCAUUCCUUUCCUUUUUCAUGUUUUCUUUCAUCAUCUUUUUCUUCUUCACUUCGUUCUUGUUCGUUUUCUUUUACUUCUUCACCCUCUACUUCUCCUUUUUCUUCUUCGUUUCUUUAACCUUACUUUUCUUUUUCUUUCUCUUCUUCUUGUUUUUUCUCUUCUUCUUUUACUUCUUCCUCUUCUUCAUUUCCUUCUUCUUUUUCUUUUACUACUUCUUCCUCUUUUUUUAUACUUCUUUCUCUUUUUAUUCUUCUUUUACUUCUUCUACCUCUUCUUUUCUUCUUCUUCACUUACUUCUUGUUCCUCUUCUUUUUCAUCAUCUUCGCCUUCCAUCUUUUAUCUUCACUCGUCGAAACAUUCAUUAUGUCCAUCCAAUGACCAGUGUCCCACCGCCGCAGCACCUUGGCAGGACGUUCUCUGA